AUGUCUUCCGGGAACCGCACCGGGGGCGUCCUCUACCACAGUUACCAGUGUGCCGGUCUCAACUACAAGCCGCGCUUUGACGACGACAACGACGACGACCGUGACGGUGCGCCCGACAUCGACCUCGACCCAGACGCCAAGCCCGUCUGGGCCGAAGUACUUCAUCACAUUCACAUUGCUAACACAGGUCACAGCGGAGACUCUUACUCCCAAACGGGCUUCAACAUUAACUCCACCAAGCCCAGCGCCCAAAACCCGCUCGGCAACCCGAACCUCCCCGGUUGGACCACGAGCGGCGGACUCAACUGGGUCGGCUUUCUGUUGGUGCAAUACAACGCCUCGCUGACAUACUCAUACAACCUCGCCUACGGAGGCGCCACCACUGACGCGAGCCUUAUCACACCCUACGCACCCACCGUGCUUAGCUUCAUCGACCAGGUCUCCGAGUUCUCGCGGAGCCUGGCGUCGAAGCCGGCUUGGGCGCCCUGGACAGCGGAGAACACCCUUGUGGGUGUGUGGAUGGGCGUUAACGACGUUGGGAACGCAGCGUGGGGGUCGAACCGUGAAGCGCUGCUCGUGCAGGUCCUCGGCAGGUACUUUGACCAGUUGCAAAUCCUGUAUAAUGCCGGCGUGAGGAAGUUUGUUCUCCUCAGCGUGCCCCCAACCCAAAAGACCCCUCUCAUGAUCGCCAAUGGCGCCGACGCCGGCGGACAACUGUCGGCCGCCAUCAAGCAAUACAACGAGCUCAUCAUCAGCAACCUUGCCGCUUUCGAGGCCGAGAACGCGGGGGUCACGUCGUGGGUCGUCGACACCGCGCCCGCUUUUGACGAAGCCAUCAACAAUCCUACAGCUUACGGCGCACCGGACGCUACCUGUUACAACGAGAACGGCGUCAGCUGUUUGUGGUUCAACGACUACCACCCGGGUGUGCAGAUCCAGAAGCUUGUCGCGCAGACUGUCGCGGAGACCAUUGGUGCACCGUGGUUUACCUGUGAGUUUCUUUGA